AUUAAGUAUACAUGACUAAGCAUUUCUGUAAGGUUCGUUAAAGCCAGAAUUCUUUUAUUCGCUGCCUGAGAGCCACCAGACCAGACUGACCGUCAGACCAGCUUUGGGAGAAGGAGAGUGCCCAGGAUGAGCAUCUUGAAAAGCCACUGCGGAGGACAGGAGGACCCGCUGAUGAAGUAUGUUCUCGAUCACUCCAUGAGGGAGCAUCCGGUCCUGCAGAAGCUCAGACUGAGGACAAUGGAGGACUCCUGGAACGUGAUGAUGGUUGCCUGUGAGCAGUCGCAGUUCAUGGCCAAUUUGGCCAAACUAAUCAAAGCCAAGAAGGCAAUCGAGAUUGGAGUGUACACAGGCUACAACACGCUGAACAUUGCGUUGGCGUUGCCUGAGGAUGGCGUGGUGGUGGCGUGUGACAUCAGUGAAGAGUACGUCAACAUCGGCAAACCCUUCUGGAAAGAGGCCGGAGUCGAGAAAAAAAUUGAUCUGCGCCUUCAGCCAGCACUGAAAACCCUUGAUGAGCUCAUGUCUUCUGGCCAGUCUGAAACAUUCGACUUUGUCUUCAUUGACGCGGACAAACUUAACUACGAAAACUAUUACGAGAAGUGUCUGCUGCUGCUGAGGAAAGGAGGCCUCAUCGCAAUCGACAACGUGCUGUGGAGUGGAAAAGUGGUGAAUCCGCCUCCAGACGACGUAGACGCUGUGGCCAUUGACAAGCUGAACAAGAAGUUGCUUAAAGACACUCGGAUCACCCUGAGCAUGCUCACAGUGGGAGACGGCCUCACCCUGGCCAUGAAGUUAUAGGAGACCGUGUGAAAGCUGCCAACACGUAUGGGCUUUGUGAGGCAACACUGGGAUACUGCGUAUUGUUUUAUAGUUAGCUGAAACACUAGAGGGAAGAUGUGACUGUAGCUAACACCUGCAUCGUACUACCUGGGCUCAUGUUACAGCCUGUUUCUGUGAUUUAACAACAGCAUAGUUUUAUGUCAUUCAAUACAAUUGCAAUAACUAAACUACAGCUCAUUUUGCAGUCAGAACACAGCAUUCGAACAAUUCAGAAAAGGCAUUUGAUUAAAAAAAUUAUAAACUGCA